AUGGACUCCUACGGCUCUGUUGGACAGCUGACACUUCCCAAACUGAUUGUCAACGGGAUAGUCCGCACAAUAUGGUUUAGUGAUGAUCCCUCCCUCGAUAGAUCUUUCAAGCUAUCACUGGCAUUGAUCUGUCGUCACACGUUCAACCAUUUAUCAUCGCUCUCAUCAUCGUGGGAUCACUUUACCGGACGCAAACAGUGGAUUGCUCACCUCACCUCUCCAUAUUGCAUGUGGAAGCAACUCUCGCAUAUCUCCACUGACACAAUAGUCGAGCUUGCAAUGCACACCCUCCAACAUCAACCGCAACAACCACAGCAGCCACAGCAACAACAGCAACAGCAACAACAGCAACAACCACAGCAGCAACUACAAACAAACUUUGAUUUACAGGUCGAACAAACAGUCAGAGAAUUGUGUCAAGUGCAUGCAACUUCGGCAGAGUCCAUCCACAUCAAACUUAGACAAUCUGUUGAGUACAGCAUCGAUGUUGUGGCAAUGGCAAUCGUAGAGACACUUGUUGAUGCCCCGGUCAGAAAGGUUACCUUUGAGCCAGAAUGGGUGAAGGACAAGAGAUCGGUGGUGGGCAACAUCAAGGCCACCAUCAAGGCAUUGCGCAAGUACCAACAUCUCGAAUGUCUCGAGAUCAUUGGAUGGCCAACUACCCUCCAAGAGUUUCGGGGCAUCCAUCGCGCCUACACUUGGCUCACCAACUUCCUGCAACGAAAUGACUGCUCGAACCUGAACAGCCUUGGAGUUCAAAUUGUCAGCGGAGAAGGAUUGGGCCGUCUCUCCAACCUAUUCAGGUGCUCCACUGCAAUGGAUACGUAUAUGUGUGUGCACAACAUCCGCUCACUCACUCUGCUCUACAUUCCAUACAAUUUGGAUAAUGAAACUGAAACAUUGGAUUGCCUCAGCAAUGUGUCGCACCUGACAAACAUUGACUCUCUCUCACUGGUCGCCGCCGACAACUAUUUCAUAGCAAUUCCCGUAGUAGACCGGUGGCUUGUUCAGUACCUACAGAAUAACAAUGCCAGGCUGAAGCGACUAGAGAUUGCCCAUAAGAUGUCAGUGGAGUUGCAAACAGAAAUCAGUAAGCUAGUCAAUCUGGAGCAUCUGUCUUUGCCUAUGGUUGAUAAAGCGUGGGCAUCGGGGCAUGCUCUCCCAAUGUCGCUCAACUCUCUCACACUCCAAUGCAUGUACGGGGAAGACGAAUAUGGGGAAGACGAAUAUGGGGAAGACGAUUACGACGGCGAGCAGCUUCCAUAUUUGAUCGACCAGGUGCUCGAUUGUUGCGUCAACAGUCCAAUCACAACACUCGAGUUCCGAUUCCCUCACUUCAGACACAAUGAGCUCAAUCCCAAAACUCUCUCGCGGAGUAGUUGCUUUGGCAAGUGGACAUCACUGACCAAGGUGUCGCUCAACUAUCACCCUUCUGAGCCAAAUGGUGACAACAGCUACGACAACGGAAUUCAUUUCCUCACAACAAUACUCGAGUCAAAGAGUCGAGAGAUCUCGAGUUGUUGCACCCAUUCUAUGGAAUUCGCAAGAACCUUAGAGAGGUGA